GUGCGCACUGGCCGGUCCUCGGCCGGUGGACCAUGGAGGCGCCGAGGCCGUUUGCACCGGACCGGUACGUCCCGUGGCUCCCCCCGGCGCCAGGGGCCGAUUUGAAGCUGUGGCUCUUUGAGCUCUGGCUGCUACUGCUGACUCCGGGCCUGAGCGCGGACUUACUGCCGCAUGAAGAGGACGUAAGGUUUAUCAAUGAGUACGUGAACCUCCACAAUGAACUCCGAAGCAAGGUCAAGCCCGCAGGGGCUAACUUGCGCUUCAUGACUUGGGAUGUAGCUUUGUCCCGGACUGCUAGAGCAUGGGGGAAAAAAUGUGUGUUUGAGCGUAAUACUUACUUAGAAGAAAUGAAGAUGGCCCAUCCUAUAUUUAAAGGUAUUGGUGAAAAUAUGUGGGUCGGCCUUGAAAAUGAAUUUACUACAAGUAUUGCUAUCAGAAGUUGGUUUGCAGAGAAGGACAAGUACUAUUUUGAAAAUGGCACUUGCCGUGGUGACUGUUCUAAAUAUUUGCAGCUUGUUUGGGACAAGUCUUACAAAGUUGGUUGUGCUGUUACUCCAUGUUCAAGAAUUGGACGUUUUAAACAUGCAGCAAUUUUCAUAUGCAACUAUGCACCAGGAGCAACUCUAAGGAGACAGCCUUAUCAACAAGGAGCAGUUUGUUCUCAAUGUAGCAAAAAUGACAGAUGCACAGAUUUUCUAUGCAGCAAUGCAGAACGUGAGGAAGCCACAUAUUAUUAUUUUUGGUAUCCAAGAUGGGAAGUGCCCCGGCCACUUGUGUGUGACCCAUUCUGCAUUUUAACUUUCUUUUUGAGAACACUAACUUUUAUAUUAUCUGUCACAAUUGUUUUGAUAGUACAGCCUUAUUUUCCAAAUGUAUUAUUGGAAGAACAGAUGACAUUUCCCCUUGAGGUAACAAAAAGAGAGGAAGAAGAGGAGGAAGGAGAGGAGGAAGAGGAAGAAGAAUCAGAGGAAGAAGAGACAUCAGAGGAGGAGGCGGAGGAGGAGGAGGAAAAGGAGGAAGAUGAAGAUGAGGAGGAGGAUGAAGAUGAAGACAAGGAGGAUUAGAAAGAUGAGGGAUAAGAUAUUACCACCAUCAUAGGACAAAAGUAUACCAAAAGCAACAUUUUUUUCAAAAAAAAGAACUUGAGUUCAAAUAAGAAAAAAAUACAUACAAGCCACUAUUGCAAUACCUUUUAUUCCCUUCUCAUACUUAUUCAACAAAUUUAAAUUUGAAAAACAAAGAAACAAACAAAAACAUGUAUUUUAUUAAUAAGUAUGGGAAGGCAAGCUCUUGAGAAAUAAGAACCUAUGAAGAAAUAAUGAUAGAAAUACUAAGAUUUUACUAUGUUGUCCUGAUAAAGGAGAACAUUUCCAUUUUCUAAAUAUGUUUCUAACUCUGUGUUUUCAAGAUUUUUAAUGUGUGUUUAUAAAUUUCUCAAGCAUUAAGAUUUACCUAUGAGGUAUUUAAGACCAUUCCAAGUUCAUGACAACCAUUUAAUAGAUAACUUUUGGUUUUGUUAUUUUUAUCAUUACUACCAUAGUUGCUAUUAGCAAUGGUAAUUGUGGUGGUGGUGAUAUUCUCCAUGUGAUGUCAGGGCAUCAAAUAUCAUUAUUUAUUUUUGUAAUAUACAUGUUUGGAAUGGUUUAAGUGGUACUUGUAUAUGCUGUUAGGAGAAAAAUUUAUUAUUUCUACUUUAUGUGCAAUCUUUCAUUAAAGCCUUACUGUAAUUCUUUAUUAGGCUAAAUAAUCUGUUGCCACCAAGGGCUAAUAAAUGUCAAAGGCUUACUUAGUUACAAUUGAGCAAUCUGACUGCUCCUGAUUUUGGGUAAUAAAAUAAACUUUAAAAAAAUAAUUAUUUACUUGUAGUUAAUUCAAAAUAGUAUAGUAAAGCCCAGCCAGUGUGACUUAGUGGUUGAGCUCAAUCCAAUGAACCAGGAGGUCUCUGUUCCAUUGCUGGUCAGGGCAC